AUAUAUACACUGACAAGUUACCAAAACAGUCGACAGUGAAAUCGUUGCACAUUAGCCUAGCAAACGACUUUCUUUUUGUUUGGCACUAGUUCACAUCAGAUGGUAGAGAUUUUCUGAAUUUCAACUAGAAACUUUUGGAUUUCAACGAAUAUUUUGAUAAAAUCGGUUGUUAUUCUUAGAGAAUAUUAGAAUUUGUACGGUAAAAAUGGCUAAAGUAAUAUCUCAGGAGACUUUUGAUGAUGUUGUUAAAGAGAAUGUUGUGGAAUUUGCGAUGAGUGUUCAGGAAGCUAAAGAGGAAACGGUCAAGCAGUUUGAAGCACAAGGCAUUAAUCUGGCCAACAUCAUCAAAGAUUUAUCGAUCAACGAAGAAACUGGAAACCCUGUAUUGACUGAAACUAUUGAAAAAUUGAAAACUAUUUCAGCCGGCGACGAUGUUAGCUCGGAUCAAGUUCCAAAAUUGCUGGAAAUCCUUUCCAAAGAAUGUACAGCCAGCGUUCCACAUCGUGUGAUGGCGGCCAAAUUAGGUGCUGAGGAGAUCAUUUCAAAAAUUAUUGACUUGGCAUUGGAGAAACAAGAAAUCACCGAUACUUCAGUGAUCAAAACUGGACUUAUUGCCUGGAAUGAGGUGAUGAACAAGCAACCAGAUAUUUUUAAUGAUAAAUCACUUUUCAUAAUCGUUCAAAUUUUAAACAAAAAUCUUGGCGAUGAGUUCAUUUUGUUGUGUUUGCAACAUUUAAAACAUGCCACACUUUUGCAUGAAAUCAACCGGCAAAAUAUCAUGAGUGUCGGAAUACUAUCGAGCUUAAAACCUUUGUUGAAAACUCAAAACCCUGAAGUAUUGAAAGAGACAUGUUCAUUGCUCAGAAAUCUGAUUCUUGAUGAUGAUAUUCGAAUUGAGUUCAGUAAAGCGCACGAUCAUGCUAGAGCCAUUGCAGCCGAAUUUCUCGUUGAACUAUCACAUCUAUUGCCAAUUCAAAUGAAGGACAAGAACAUUUUGAGUGAAUUGCUAUUGACAAUAGCGGCAUUAACAGUUCGUCAUGAAUUUUGUGUUCAGGUUGAAGAAGCAGGCGGAUUGAAAUUCAUCCGUGAUUGCAUGAAAGAACAUUCUAGUUCAAUUCGUGUCUCUAAAGAGGCAUUGAAACUGAUGCGUGCAUUAGCUGGAAACGAUGCCGUUAAAAAUAACAUUCUAAAAGAUGGUAUGUCGAAGCUUCUAGAUGAGAUCAUCAAUAUACACAAAGCGAACGAACCGUUUGCGCGGGCGGCCUUGCAUUGUUUAUCCACGAUAACGCUGCGUUCCAAAGAAAAUAGCCAGCUAUUGUUUGAUGCGGGUAUAGCCGAAACCAUUGUUGAAACUAUGAAACUUCAUCCAACCAGCAAAAUUGUGCAGCGCAACGGAGCAUGGGCCAUCAGAAAUAUGGUAUCACGGUCAAGAGAGCAAUGCCCCGCAUUCUUAUCACAUGAUGUUGAAGAAAUUUUAAAACAAGCAAUGGAAACCUAUUCAGAUGUUCAAUACGAUUUGAAAGCAGCACUGCGAGAUUUGGGCUGCGAAGUUCAACUGAAAGAAGAAUGGACGGGAGUCAAGAAUAAAAUUCACAUCGAAAACUAAAAGAAAGCAGUGCCUGCCAACACAUAUUCAUUUUUCCUCAAUAUAUUCAACUCAUUUUUUCUAAUAAUAAACGCAUAAAAUGUCAUGACUGUAUGCAAUAUGUUUUCAUAUGCGACAGUUAAUAAAUAUAAUUAUUUCCGAAAAA